GGUCAUGGAGAAGCGCAGCAGCAGCUGGGGAUUACAUUUGUUCCAGCUUUUCUUUCUCGUCUUGCUCUCAGGUUAUCCGUUAUGUUGUCACGGAAGCUGGAUGUGGCUGGGCAUCACCUCUGUCGGGGUAGUGGAGAAGAUGGGAUGCGCGAAUUUGCCGCUGUCCAGCAAGCAGAAGGACGUGUGUAAGCGGAAGCCUUACCUGCUUCCCAGCAUUAAAGACGGAGCGCGUUUGGGCAUCACAGAGUGUCAGUCUCAGUUCAGACAUGAGCGCUGGAACUGCAGCACCAGCAAACAGCCCUCUGUGUUCGGCUACGAGCUCAACAGCGGAACAAAAGAGUCAGCGUUCAUCUACGCUAUCAUGGCAGCAGGUCUGGUCCACUCAGUCACCCGGGCCUGCAGUGCAGGGAACAUGACCGAGUGCUCGUGUGACACCACGCUAACAGGCAGUGGCUCACAAACAGAGGGCUGGCACUGGGGCGGCUGCUCGGAUGACAUCGGCUACGGGACGUGGUUCAGUCGCCGGUUUAUUGACCAUGCAACAAAGAAUGCUUCUGUGCAAGGAGAUGAGACCAUGCUCAUUAUGAACCAGCAUAACAGCGAGGCAGGGAGACAGGCUGUGGCCAAGACGAUGUGGACGGACUGCCGCUGUCAUGGCGUCUCAGGCUCCUGUGCUGUAAAGACAUGCUGGAAGACCAUGGCAUCCUUUGUGCGUGUAGGCAACUACCUAAAGGACCGUUAUGAGAAUAGCGUACAGGUGCUAGACCGCACCAAGCGCAAAUUCCGUCGUAAGGAAAAGGAACAACGGCACAUGCCCAUCAGUCGGGAAGAGCUCAUAUUCCUCAACAAGUCACCCAAUUAUUGUGUGGAGGACAGGCGCCUGGGGGUGACCGGGACUCGAGGGCGCCGGUGCAACCGCACAUCUGCCGGGCCAGACGGCUGCAACUUACUGUGCUGCGGACGCGGAUACAACACACACGUGGUGCGUCAUGUGGAGCGCUGCGAGUGCAAGUUCAUCUGGUGCUGCUACGUGCGCUGCCGGCGAUGCGAGACCAUGAAUGACAUUCACACAUGCAAAUAAAGGGAUAAGCCGAGGACAGGAAGAUAUGAGGAGAGAUGGAAUGAAGUGAAGUAAAGUUUGACUGGGGAAAUAGAGAUGAUAUGAAUUGUACUUUCACUUCCUAUCCUGUACUUCUUUUAGUUUCAUCUGUCAAAUUCUUUAAUCAGUGGCACCUUCACUUGCUUGAGCAUUUGGAUCGAUUCUCUGCAAGUUGAUGAAGUGUUACUGUGAGAACUGAUGACGAAAGUGGCUUUGUGACAAGA